AUGCCACCGAAGAAGAAGCCCGUCGCUAAAGGGGAUGAUUCUGGAGGAGCAAAAGAAGUCAAGGGAGGGACGUCGGUGAAGGUCAGGCACAUCCUAUGUGAGAAACAAGUAAGUCUUACAUACGAAACCCGAAAAGUUGAGCGCUUGAUAAGAGUUACUGUUAUGUUGUUAUAGGCUAAAGCACUAGAAGCAAUCGAAAAGUUAAAGAGUGGAAUGAAAUUCAAUGAAGUGGCAGCUCAAUACAGCGAAGAUAAAGCCCGGUCCGGAGUAAGUUUCCCGUCUCUUUAUACUUACAUAUUUAGGGUGAUCUCGGUUGGAUGACAAGAGGGUCCAUGGUUGGCCCAUUCCAAGAUGCCGCUUUCGCCUUGGUCAAGAGUACGACUGACAAACCCAUCUACACGGACCCUCCGGUCAAGACAAAGUUCGGAUAUCAUGUUAUCAUGGUCGAAGGAAAGAAAUAA